GGGGGCUGAUCAAAAGAGUCGUGCUCAGCUGACAAUGUGGUGAGAGAAGGUGAUCUGCUCGUAACUGCACGGGGGGAUGAGGAAUUUACAAAAGCGUAUCCUCGCGCCUUCAUCGGUUUUGCUCUUGUGGUUUCGAUUUUUAUUCUUGUUGGCGUUAUUUACGAAUUGAUUGUAAAGGGGUUUUUUUUCAAACAUGAUAUAAGUAUUAUCCAAUCCCAGCAAUAUUAAAAUAAAUGUUCCUCCAAACAAACACCAAUCGAAAAACUGUGCGAAAAUUGUUCCAGUUAAAUGUGGUAGAGAAGUUUUAUAUUAUCAAAGUACCGUUUGCAAUGUUAGCUUCACAGUGAGCUCUAUUAGUUACUUAUCCGUGAGCUAGACUACAUGUUUCAUAUUGUGAAUCGCCAAUUAUAAAAAAAAUCUUUAUAUUUUACAAAGCUUUGGCUUUUAUAGUUAUCUUAUUUUGUAUGCGACUUGUAAUGCACAGCGCAACCGCGAUUGAAAACACCAUUUUGACAACGAUUGUGACAAUUGCAGUUGCACUCAAUUUGGGCCCAAUGAGUUUGCAUUUUUUUGGAAUUGGAAAGUUUUGGGUAAAAAACUAUUUUAUAAAAACUAUUCAAAUGCUUUUGUCUGCCACUUUCUUUUUUUGUCAUUCUCCUACUACUGGUAUAUAAAAAUGUGUCAUCUUUUUUACCCCAUGGUUGCCAAAUAUCACUUUCCUUUGCGUAUGUAAUUGAUGGAUGAUCCUUUAGUAAUUCCAGAAAGAUGUAUUUAGAAAUAUGGUUUGUUUUGUUUCUGCUGAACAUUUAACUGUAUCAUAAUGAUGUUUAUUUGAUAAUGUUGUCAAAUCUAUUUUACGAUAUUUCUAUACAAUUCUCAGCAGGUUACCAACAAGAUUAACUAAAGUGGCGGUGAAUGAUGAGUAAUGCAAGCGAAGUUCCUUGGGAGUUUCUGCAACUGACAGCAUUGACGAAUAUAUCCUUCUAUAAUGUAUCUCAUGGUUCGGUGGAAUUCAGCAUAAACUGUGGUUCAGUUGUACCGAAUUUUUCCAAUUACAUAGUUUCGCUUCCAAAUGACAAAGCUGGCCUGCUGACCUUCUUAUUACUAUUCUCGUUCACUACUGUGUUUGGUAACUCACUAGUUAUAUUAGCUGUUAUUCGUGAGCGGUAUCUUCAUACGGCUACCAAUUACUUUGUUACCAGCCUGGCAGUGGCGGACUGUUUAGUAGGAUUAGUAGUGAUGCCCUUUUCUGCAUUGUACGAGGUACUACAAAAUACUUGGUUCUUUGGCACGGACUGGUGUGACAUAUGGCGAUCUCUUGACGUUCUGUUUAGCACUGCAUCAAUUCUGAACCUGUGCGUCAUUUCGCUCGACAGAUACUGGGCAAUCACGGAUUCAUUUUCCUAUCCAAUGAAAAUGACGCGCCAAAAAGCGGUAGUACUGAUAGCGGCAGUUUGGAUCUGUUCUAGCGCGAUCAGUUUCCCGGCGAUUUUAUGGUGGAGAGCAGUUCGCGAGACAGAUAUGCUACCGUUUAAAUGUACAUUCACUGAGCACCUUGGUUACCUUGUAUUUUCAUCCAUCAUAUCGUUUUACCUACCAUUAAUAGUAAUGGUAUUUACAUACUGCCGAAUAUAUCGAGCGGCCGCCGUUCAAACACGCUCACUAAAACUUGGCACUAAACAAGUCUUAAUGGCAUCUGGCGAACUUCAGCUCACGUUACGAAUACAUCGUGGUGGAACCACUCGUGAGCGCCUAAACCAUCCGCGGUUGGCUGCUUCCGAUCACUACCAGCAGUUUCAACAUCUGGAUCAAAUGCAACCUAAUACACAGCCGUCGUUGUCAACUCAGCAUCAAUUCCCGCUCAAAAAACUUCAUCAGCUGCAGACAACUAACUCUACCCCAGACGAUCCCGAUGAAGAACCGUUAUCAGCCCUAGAGAACAACGGUAUCGGAGGACGACAUCGCGUUCAUAUGGGAAAACAUUUUUCACUGUCCCGGAAGCUUACAAAAUUUGCCAAAGAAAAGAAAGCUGCCAAAACUCUAGGAAUUGUAAUGGGAGUUUUCAUCGUCUGUUGGAUGCCAUUUUUUGUCGUAAAUUUGUUAUCUGGCUUUUGUAUGGACUGCAUUGCUCACGAAGAAAUAGUAUCAGCUGUAGUAACCUGGUUAGGCUGGAUCAACUCAGGCAUGAAUCCAGUUAUUUAUGCCUGUUGGAGUCGGGAUUUUCGAAGGGCAUUUCUGCGUAUUUUGUGUGUUUGCUGCCCACGAAAAUUAAGACUCAAGUACCAGCCGACAAGGCGUUCGAUAGCAUCACAGAGAUUGGCUUCGAGACGAUGCUACUCCACCUGCUCACUUCAUGGGAUACAACAAGUGCGGCAAAACUCAUGCGAACAGACGCAUAUUUAGUUUUCACCAAUACGAUAGGAUGACCGCACGAGCCUUCUAUCAGUUUCUUAUGUUUCUCAGUUCAAUUUCUAUGCUGUGUUCUUAUGAGUGACUUAAAAUCUCUAUUUGCCGUUGAUUGCUGGAAAGAACUGAACACUCAGACUGGAAGCCCUUCGAUUUUUUCAACAAUACGUACAAAUCUAAUGUAAAGAAAAAUAAUGCCCAAGAAAGAGAUUCCUAGUCCAUUGCAACAAAGUACUUUUAUCGCCAUUGUGUCAGUGCUAUCAGUAGGUUGUGUAGUUGUAAGUUUUGUUUUUGUCAAAAUAGAGCACGAAUAUAUAAUAAAGCCAGUAACCAAACAAUACUUUAGAAGUAGAACAAUCAUUGCGAACAACUGUAUUCUAUCCGCAUGAACAGCCGCAGUAUGGAGGUAGAAUAAUCGUAUUCUAAUAAUUAUUGCAGUAAACAAAAAUCUCAUCGCACACACAAAAAUAUUUAUGAAUAGUGAAUAGUUGAAAUGAUAGCAAAAAACUCAAGUUUGAUACAUACUUAUUUGAUUCAAUUCAUUCAACUCAUCAACGGAAAGUUGAUGAAAUUCAGCGCCGGGGGAACGUAUUAAUUUAACACUUUUACCACCAUUUCAUAUGGAUCUCUUUGUUAACUCUUUACAACAUAUACCAAGCGACUUUCAGUACUACGAAUAGCGAGGCACACAAGAAAGAAAGAGUAUUGUCCAUUUGGCAGGGUCUCUCAGGAAUCCCUUGAGCAAGACCAUAUGCAGGCGUGAUUUCUGUAGGUCUGAAUAAAUCCGAAACUUUCACAUACCCGAAGCAACCUUUCAUUAGUAUAAUGAGAUACCAAGCGCAUCAAAUCACUGAAAUGACAGGGGGUCCAAACGACUCAAAAUGUCGUUAUAAAAGUAAUCCUAAAUAACUCCGUUUAGCAGAAGAUAAACGGCUGGAGCAUUUCAAAAAUAUUAAAAAAUAGUUGGUGGCGCUAUCUGUCUAUCCCCCAGUUUACACAUGCCAAUCGCCAAUAGCGAAACCAUCGAACUCCUGUCAAAAUUAUAUUGAGUUGAGGGUACUAUGGGUUCGAUGGAUGGGUUUUCAAUCACAUGCGGGUAUCCAGUAGCUCAGUUUCGAGGGCUAAUGUAAACACACGGUUGGGAUUCCUUUUAGUCAUUUUAGCGAGAGCUUGAGUCGUUUAGACCCCGUAGUUGUUUAGUGCAAUUGUGACGCUUGAGCUGUUAUUGGAGCCUGAUUUUCGUCUUGAAAAAGUAAAAACUAAAACAUUGAUUAAACUUGUCAAAAUAAAACAACAAUAACGUAUACAUAUAAGCCCAUCACGGGCCGCAUUAUACGCUCUCAAAGGCAGCAUACGGCGCUUCAAUUACGCUGAUUCAAGCCCGAAAACGAUUUUGACAGUUUCUCAAGUGUCACAAAUCCACUAAAUGACCACUAAACGGGUUCUAAACGGCCAGCAUGGCAGUUGCAAUCGCGUUUGCAAUCACGCUCGAUGUGUAACCGUUCUAAAGACAUAUUCCGACAACGUCUCGCGCGACAAAAAAGUAGCUCAGUUUCGCAAACAGAGCUACAUG